UCAGGAUGAGGAUGGGAGUACGAUGGAAUACAGAAAAUGGGAUCCGUUCAAAUCAAGAUUUGCUGCGGCUAUACUAUCUGGUGCACAAGACAUAUCGAUCAAACUUGGUUCACGUGUACUCGUGCUGAACUCACGAGAUGAUGCACUCUCCGGAAUGACUAUUUCACAUAUAUCAGAUAUUGUUGGCCCUCAAGGCAUGGUCUACGUAGUAGAGGAAGCGAGUCGCUCUCUUCUAACAAUGGCAAGUAAAAGGUUUAACAUAGUACCAAUUGUUUAUGGUGAGAUUCCACGCAAAUACCGCAUGCUCAUCAAUGUUGUCGAUGUGUUGUUUGCUGCACUUGAUUCUCCCAAAGAGGUCCGAGAGGCAUUUUUGAAUGCUGCCUAUUUUCUCAAAACCGGGGGAAAGUAUUUAGUUUAUGUCCAGGGAAAUUGCAAUGAACCGUCACACUGUUACUUUGAGUAAGCCUACUGACCAAUCACAUAUGAAAUGACAGCAGCAAGCUGCAGCAUGACUGCUAAUUGGCUACUGCAUUAGAAGUGAGUUUUCAGUUACAUAAUGAAAAGUCUUCAGAUUAUUAUCAAGGCAUUUGGUAAUUAAUCAGGAUUUACCAAAUUAGCAUAUACUAAACUUCUCUCUAACAACAAUCUAAAAGAUCUUAGAACUUUCUAGAUUACACUAAUACAAAACUGUUUAAAAAAAAACAACACUAAUACACAAAAAUUUCAGAGUCGGUGCAGAAACAGAACUAAUCACAAAAAUAAAUCUCAUAAAAUUGUUCGUAGUAUUGUGAAAUGUAGAUCAAUAGAGUGAUCUAGUGAAUCCUCAAAUGCUCACAGUGGAGCGAGCAGCUUGAUUGGAAAAAUCUAGGUGAGCUUACUGACCACAAACACACAUAAAGGAGCAACCAUGCAGUUGCAGUGUGAAUGGCUAAUUAGUCACCAUAAACUAUCUAAAACAAUAAAAAACUUCAAUUAUCAAUUUACCAUGUGUGUUGGUUAAAAUCCCGAUUUGAAUCAUAAAAUCCCAAGAUUUUGCAAUUAUUUAUUGCCCUCAGCGAUUAAGAGUAUGCACAUAAUCCAAUUUUGGCGGAAUCGGGUGGAUACACCCCUAUUAUGCUUAUGAAUGAAUUUAAAUUUACAUAAGCAUUUCAAAUAUGAUUUACACAAGUAUUUCUAGUGAUUCAAUUUUAAGGUUUUUUAUGCCUUACUAAUGCUAAUCUAUAUGCAUAUAUUAUGAUUCCAAGAUUUACGAUUUUACUUCCUUCUCGAUUUUGCGAAAAACCUCAAUUUUAACUACCUUGACCAUAUAAUAUAAAUUGCAUUAAAUUAACCAUAAAAAAUGUAACCGCUCUAACAGCGAUGUAACAGAUCAUAGGACUUACCAGAUUACAUUACAUGAAAAUACAAAAAACACAGAAUUGCAUGCAGAAACAGAACUAAUCAUAAUAAUGAAUUUCAUAAAACUGAUCCUAAUGUAGUGAAAUGCAGUUCAAUAGAGUGGAAAAAGGCUCGUCGACUACUCAUUAUAUUUUUAUCGGUGUUUUUUCUCACUAAUUAACUGCUCUGACAGAUCAUAAAUCUUUUUAGAUUACACGAAAAUACAAAACAAACAAAAAAUACAGAAUAACGUGCAGAAACAGAACUAAUCACAAAAAUAAUCUCAUAAAACUGUUCCUAAUGUAAUGAAAUGUAGUUCAACUCGCAAUGGAACAUCUUCUUUGGUGCUUGCAAUAAAGAUGUCUCUAGAUCGAUGCCGAGGUCUAGCCCACUUAGCUCACUCCACUAUUCUCUCCAAAAAAAUUUCGAAAACUGUAAAACCAUUAUCACUUAUUAGCACACGCCAAUCGAAAACCAUAAACAAUCCCACAUAAAGAUAAUAGAAUUCGUCAUCGUUCAACCA